GCCAAGGGAACACAAAGGCAGGCCCCAAGACAAAGUUAGAGCCCUGAGGUAGGUGCGGCAAGAGAUAUCUUAAGAGAGUCUUAAAGGAAAUACGGGGAAAGAGAGUUGGAGCCCAGAGACAAGGUUGAAAAAGGAAGAUCUGAACCCAGAGGGUAGGGAGCUAGUUACCCUGAAGGAGGAGCAUCAAGAGAGGGAUAGAGCCUUGAGAGAGGUGGGGACAGUAUGAGAGGUUAGGGGCACUGAGAAAGAGGCACCAAGAGAAAGUUGGAUCCCCAAGGGAGGGGCUCCAGAAAAGGUUUAGGUACUCAAGGGGCCACCAAAGACAGUUGUAGCCCCAAAAUAAGGGUUCUAAAAGAGGUUUAGAGGUCUGAGGUAGGGCAUUAAGAAAGGAGAGAGAGAGAGAGAGAGAGAGAGAGAGAGAGAGAGAGAGAGAGAGAGAGAGAGACAGAGACAGAGAGAGACAGAGGCAGAGGCAGAAGGAGAGAGAGCUCCUUAAAUGAAAUGCACCAAGAGAGGAGGAUUGGAACCCCAAUAGGAAGAGUGAUGAGGCUUGGGUGAGCCUGAACCCUCAGGAAAGAUUGCUAAGAGGAUUGGGACCAAAGAGGAGGACACCAAGAGAAGUGUAGAGCCUUGAGAAAGGCACCAAGAGAUGUUGGGGGCACUGAAGGAAAGGUGCCAAGAGAAAGUUGGAGCCUUGGAGAUGGGGUUCCCAGAGAUUUGGGACACUGAAAGGGGGGCCCAAGAGAGGCUUAGAGCUCUGGGGAAGGGUAGCAGAGAGUCAGAGCUCCUCUGAAAGAGACUGAGAGAGGUUGGCAGAGAUAGUAGGAGCCUUGAAGUACACUAAGAAAUGGUUGUAGCCCUGAGGAAGAGAUGAUAUGGGAGCUGGGAAUCCUGAGGAGAUGGUACUAAGGGUCAACACCAAGAAAAGGUCAGAGCCCUGGGUAAGAAGUCUAGGAGAGAUGUUCAGAACACUGAGGGUAGGGGCCCUAGGGUUAGAGCUCUGAAGUAGGGGUACAAAGAGGGAGCUGCAGCCCUGAAUGGAGGGAGGUGGAAGUCUGGGGAGAAGGGUCUCAGGAAGGGACCUGAACUCAAGAGGGAGAGGAGGAUGCUGAGAGACAGUCAUAAACCCUGACUGAAGUGGUCCUAGAGAGCUUCUGAACACUGAGGGAAGGGUGCCAAGAGAAGGUUGUAACUCUGAAGGAGAGUCUCCAAGAGUCUUGAGAGAAGUGUGUGCAAAGGAGGUUCAUAGGAAGAGAGGGUUGGAACCUCAAGAGAAGUAUACCAAGAGAGAGCUGGAAUGCUGAGGGAAGGGCCUCAAGAGCCCAGAGAUGAGGGCUCCAAGAGGAGAUUUGAUCACUGAAGGAGUCCAAGAUAAUUGGAUCCAUGAGGGAAGGAACUGGGCCCCAGGAGAGAGAGAGAGAGAGUUGGAGCAUUAGGAAGGGAUGGAGGGUCUGAGGGAAGACCAUAAGGUGGGUGACAGUUUUAAGAGGAAGGCGUCAAGAGAGGGUGAGAGACUCUUGGAAAGGCACCAUGUAAGGUUCAGAACCCUGAAGGAGGGUCACAAAGAGAGAGGUUGAUGGGGAAAGAGAGCCAAGAACGGCUCAGAGCCCCCCAAAUCCCAAAAGGUCAGGUACUUUGAGGGAAGCUGGUCAAGAGAUGUUCUGAAGCCCAAGGGAAUGGUAGCAAGAGAGUGAGAAGCCUGUAGGAAGGGUACCAGAAGCUGCAUAGAGCUCUGAAGAAAGGGUUCGGAGAGAGGGUCUCAGCACAGAGGGAAGGAGUCAAAGAGGGCUGAAUUCUUUAAGGAGGGGCACAAAGAGAGAGUCAGAAUCCAAGGUAAGGGUGGAGAGAGAGUGGGAGCCAGAGAGAGAGAGAGAGAGAGAGAGAGAGAGAGAGAGAGAGAGAGAGAGAGAGAGAGAGAGCUCCAAGAGAGCAAGAGAGGGUUGGGGCUCUGAAGGAAUGGUGCCAAGAGUUGGUGAGAAGCUUGAAAUAAGGGCAGCACUGUGUUCAGAGGCCUGAGGAAAGGGGACCAAGAGAUGGUCAGAGAUGAUCAGAGCCUAGGAGCAGAGCUCCAAUAGAAGGUAGCCUUAGAGCAGAGGCACCCAGAUAGGAGCCCUGAGGGAGGAGCACCAAGAGAGUGCAGGGCCUGAGGAGUGGCAACACUGGAGACUCAGAGCCCUGCAGGAGGAAUGCAUGGUUCACCCGUCUGUUGGAAAUGAUGCCUUCUUUCUUCCUGCUAAUUCUCCUGGGUCUCCCAUGGGUGGAUACAACUGUCAACAAUUCCAGUGGGAUGGACAACAGUACUAGUGGCUUGGAUCAUGACAUAGAGGCUAGGUGGAUUCCGCAAAUUAAAUGCAAUACAUGUGAAACUGAAAACACCUUUCUUUGUGAUCAUCACGUUGACUGUCCUAUAGAAAUCAGGCGCUGUCAGACACUUGCCAUACGCGUGAACCUUCGAGUGCUUUCUGUCAUCAAGGGCUGCACAGAGGAUUGCUCAUUUGUCUAUAAGGAACACAAGCCUCCACCUAUGCCUAAAGUGAUUAAAAAUGCCCCGGGCUUCUACUUUGUCUUGUGCUGCGGGAGCGUGCGUUGCAACGAUGGAGGCCCCAAUAAUAUAGAGAGGGAUUUGUUACCUGACAAAGCGAUCGAGGAAGAAGAAAUUGCAAGAGCUAUGUCUCUGGGGCCGUUCAACCUUCUCCUUUGCCCUGCCUUAGUCCUCUCCAGCAGCAUACUGAUCUGAGAACCCCUCUUGAGGUGUACUCAUCUUCCCACAGUUGAAAGAAACUUUGUGCUUCCUUGCUUCCUCAUGAAACAGAGACAGUGUCCAGGGCAUCUUUUGGGUCCGGUCAUCACUUCUUGUAGGAAAGAAAUAAAGACAUUGUUUGUUGG